ACUUAUUUUAAUCUUGAUAGAAUAGUCAUAGCACCAAAGACUACUAAACGUCUCUAGAAAGAGCUUUCAGAUGACUGCUAGCAAUAAAGUGAUAUUGCCUCCAUAAACAACUCUAGUUUUCAUCUGUCUCAGCGACAACGCAGAAAGGUCAAUAAUCUCCUAACAGCAGUAAAAAUAUCAAGGAAUUUAUUUUCUAAUUCAAUUUAAUAUUCACUGCUUCUUGAUACAGAAUUGUAGGUCACGCGUGACGCCAAGAACAAGUUGAUCACGACCUCGCUCUAACAGAAUAUAUUUCUUCGAUUGUUUUCGAUUGUUUACAUUUGUUUGCUUGUAAGCGUUGAUUAAUUUGACGCACCGGAUUUUGCGGCUUCAUCCUUCGACACCUUGUCGAGAUGCGACUCCAUGGCAGCUUGAGUUGCACUCAUGUACAUUGUACGUGCAUCCUUUUCCUCCUUGUUCUUGGAUUCGAUGGAUUCCCAAAUCGAACCCAAUACUUUGAUGGCUUCUGCGCGCUUCUGUUGGAUAUCGCUUGAUACGGAUUUAUCUUUACAAAGCUUCAUGACAACCUCUCGAAUUGUAGAAGUGAUAUCGAUAACGUUCAAAUUCCACAUCAUUUGAAUCAUCGAGGGGAGAGCGUCUUGCUCUGCUCCGGUUGCACCUCCUUGGGUCUUUUUUGCGGCAUUUUGUGCAUUCUUCGCCGCAUCAAAUUUCAUGUCAAAACCUUCCUUUUUAGCGGUGAGUCCUUCACCAAAAGUUCCAGUGAUUUGGGUAACAAUUAAGACGUACAACUUGCCGACAGUGUUCAAAAGUUCCUGCCCAUAUCUGACCUCAACGAGUCGUUCACCUUCCUUCUUCCAUUCAGCCUUGGCAGCUUCGGUAUUGCCUCCGCUGACAUACGCAUUUAUUCGUUUGCGCAGGGCCAAAGCCAAUCGUAACACACGUCGGCGUUCCAUUUCACGCAUUUCUUCUGCAGUACAUUUUGGUUGACCAUCGGCACCGGCGACCAGCUGUUGCGUCACGAGUUGCAACCGCCCCACGAUAUCGUUGAAGCAAUCAUUUCCAAACAAGAAGGUAAAAAUAAACGACGGAUCGAUGUUUUCAACAUUCGCAUCGGUUUUGUCCGCACUCAAUCCUUCUUCGCCAUCGCGAUCAUAAAUUCCACGAAGUUUCUCGUCUCCCAACACUUGGUAGGCUUCACCGAUUUCUUGGAAUUUUUUUUUGGCCUCGUCGGAAGGAUUCUUGUCGGGAUGCCAUUUCCUUGCUUGGAUGUAAUAGGCCUUUUUGAUUUUAGAUGCCGAGGCGUCGGUUGGCACUCCCAAAACAUCGUAGUACUUUGAAUCUUUGACCUUUUUACCAGAUGUCGCACUACUUUCUUCGGGUUUCUCGUCCCCCGACUCUUGGGACAACUUGAUGAGAUCAUCGUCGUCAUCAGGAAUACCGUUGAGUGUUUUUUCUUCUUCAACAAGAUCAUCAAUGACCCAUUUUCCCUGGACAUUAUCGAAUCGUUUGCCUUGCGCUCGAUUGGCGGCCGUAUCAGCAGCGGUUGCAGUAACAGCACAACAACAAAGAAAGGGUAGGCACAUGCAACCAAGAAGGCAGGUGAAGCAACCAAGAAGCAAUCCACAAGGAGUGACAACAACCUCUUCGGCAGUCAUCGCUGGUUGUGGCCCGUCGUUGGUAUUGGUAUUUGUAUUGUUAUUGCUAUUGUUGUCUGCCAUGGUUGUUUUCUACAAUAGACGAAUACACACAGAUAUGUUAUUGCAAAGUGAGAAUGUCCAGAAGUGGUAAUAUCGUUGUAUGUACUACCUGGUUUGUUGUGGGUUUUGACGAUGUACGCGUUGAACGGUAAGAAUACGGUACGAUUACUCGUGCCUGUACGGUACGAAUGAAUUAUGGUCGUACAGUACUGCUUCUUACUAGGGUACGGUAACUGCAAGUAGAUCAGAAGUACGAGCACUCAUGGUACAGAAUUACUGCAAUUGUUUCUUAAUUUUAAUUGGCACGGGUUGUAGUAGAAGUACUACAGGAAGGUCAUACUUGUACUUACUUUGAGAUUGAGAUAUUAUUGUAAGGUGUUCUACCGGCCGGUACGUAAAACUUCGUCCACUUACGAAAACAAUUUUCAAUUUUCAGUACUGUUGUACGUUUUAUUUGUACGUCAAAGUUCGAAAGAUCGAUGAUAAUAUUAUUGAACUUCGUCAACCUAUUUCAUGAGAUUGGGAGUACAUAAGCCUCAACUUUCUUUGUUUUCAAGGCUCGCUGGAUUUUUUGAGGUCAAAGUGGUCGAAUUAGGAUUUCUAUUUCUACUACUUGUUCUUAAAUUUUUUGGUUUGGCUUUGUGAAAUCAAUCACCGGAAUCAUCAACAUAAUUUUGAAAAUAGGUACUUCUACAAAGCAGGAAGAUAAUUGAAUUGGUGACAAACGCCAUCACAACUCUGGAAGUGAUGCUUAUCAGGAUUGCACUAAUAUUAGGUACCAUUUGUAUUGCAAGGCACAAUCAUUCCGUGGGUGCAUUCCCCCCGGUUUUUACAAGAAGUCAACGAGAACAUUCUUGUCGAAGUCGUUGGUGCCGCAAAGAAAGCUGGUUCAUGGCGUCACCUGUGCUUUUCAGGGAGCGCGCAUUGCCAUCAGCAAGUAACUGCUUGUAUCGUGGGCGAUUCCGGUUCGAGAUGAAGUUGUCCCCAGAAAACUUACAGGGCGGGUCGCAAACCGAAGAGAAAGACACCGGUAAACCAUCACACCAUAAAGUCCACUCUGUCACAGUCUGCGUUGUCCCACCUCCCGAAAAUCUUCGAGUAUGGGAAGUGCUGUCUGAAAUGAGAAUGAAACUAAAAGACCCUGGGUUUUACAGGUGGCCACCGCACGUGAACCUUAUGUAUCCCUUCCUAAAGCUAGAGCAUCCAAGCAAAAGUGACAAUAGCGAAGACGGCGAUGGGCAGAGCUUUCCUCAAUCACACGACGAUUAUAUCGUAUCGAACAUUGUGAAGCGAUUGGAAUCGUCGACUCGAAAAGUAGCACCGUUUAUAGUGCGGUUGAACGAACUUGGAACGUUUGGGGGCAAAAGGAGAGGAGUUUUGUGGUUGCACCCGGACAGCGGCGACACAGUGUUGCUAAACAAAUUCGACGGUAGUAAUGAAACACACAGGCAGCCCAGUCCGCUCAUAGAACUGCAACAAUCAUUAGAGGAGGCAUUUCCGAUGUGCAAGGACCAGUCGCAGAAGGGAGGCUUUACGCCCCACAUGACUCUAUCGCACUUUCCUAGUCUAGAAGAGGCAUUGCAGGCGAAAGAAAGUAUGGAAUCGUCAUCCAACCCAAUAAGUAGCAGCAGUGGUUUGGAAUUUGUCUUGGAUCGAAUUUAUCUGCUUGAGCGAAAGGGUGACAGUGGUCAGUUUCUUCGAGUAGCAGAAAUUGCGCUAGGAGACAGGUGUGAUGCUUCGAAUUCGCCAUCUAGUACAGCCAACGAGAAGAACAUAGACUCUUCGACACAAGGAACAGCAUUGACAGAAACCAAGAUAUUCGAUCCGCCCCAAGCCUUCCCAGACAUGCCUAGCCACGAAGAAGAGUGGGUAUACCAAGAACGAAUGGCGAUGAAAUCACGGCGGAGGAACAGCAGAAAAUUGGGAGGUGGCAGGGGGAGACAACGCACACCAGGAGUUCCAAGGAUUCCUGACACGCCCGAGGUUAUCGCCCAGAAAAGAGCAGAGCGCAAGGCCAAGAGGGAACGCUUGCUACGGGAACAAAACGAAAACGAGCUCUGAUCUGCCACUGCGCCAAGGGAUUCAUAUCACAGAAUCGUCGGUGUUGAGCAUAUGGAAUGCUGGUAUGAAAACAAAACCUAGCUGUACGGUUGAGGGCCCUGAAUGAUUUUUUCAAAAUACAUGUGUUCGAGAACAAAAUACUAGUCAAAGGCCUCUCGCAAGAUUGUUCGUUCAAUGUCUCGGUUUGCGUGCGUUCGUUACUGCUAAGGAUGUCAUGCUCCUAUAUCCCCCGCCAGACAAAGAGAUCUCCAUCGCUGGAUGCACCCAGCAGAGCGGUCGCGUUUGAGUUCACGGCAAUACACGAGAGUUCUGUUU